CCCUUUCGUCGAAGCUCAACUCCGAUGCCAUCAGCAAGUACUACCUAAGCAGCGAUUAUGGUCCCCCUAGACUUCAGCAGGUACCUUCUUCUAACAACACGCACUACUCGUCAAACACGGCUUCGAUGUUCUCUCUCCUCACGAUGAUGUCCCGAAAACUGCAGCCGAGUAUACAGCGUCCCCUCGUACGCUCGUUCUUCUGCUUUGGUCGUACAGACGAUCCUGUUCGGACUCAGGCCCAGAUUGAUAGACGGCGACUCUGGGGGAGAAUUCCAGAAAACAGAGCCAGGAUCAAGGCAGAGGCGACGAAAUACAACGCAGCAAGAUCUUCCCAACUAAGGGAACAGACGUUCCGACGGUACCAAGCGGAUCUCCCAACUAGACGCGCGCUCGAGCUGAGAAAUCGGGACCUUCGGCGGUACACUUGGAAAUCCCAUGAGCCCGUGACAUUCUCUGACAGGGUGGAUCUUCGCUGCACCGCUUGUGACAGCAGUCGCUAUCUCAAGUUCUGGUGGAGGGAAAAGACUUUAGGGAAGAGCGUAAAAGGGAACACAACUACGGAUCGCUACAUGUGCAAUCGAUGCUUUGCCAACGACUGGCCGCGGAUGGUACCAGAGACAUAUCCUGGGGAUCUACCCCCUGUCUUUCGAUCACCUGAUCUACCCCAACCGAGAGAAAAGAGAGCGGCGAAGGGAGACAGCACUGGAACAGAACAGUCAGAAAAAGCUGGACAUGCAGGAGAUACAGAAGAGAAGGCGAACAGGCGUGACCACUCUGCCGAGUCACAGGAUCCACCUGAAGCUGCUCAUGGUUGAGCGCUUCCACGUCGUGAUACCAAGAUGAGGCGCCGCGCUCAUACUCCGUCGUGAGCUUCCAUGUCUUGUAAAGCUAACCUGGCUUGUGGAAAAACACACGACCGGAACUUAUACACCACCGAGAUUGUCCUUAUUAUACGACUAGGCUUGCGUUGUUCGGUAUUAUAGCCAUGAUCAUAUUGGCAUUGUCGUUAUUGAUGCCAAGCCAUUAAUAGGCUUCGAGAUUCCCACGCCAACAAGCCGCUACGUCAUCGGGAAAACGCGAUCACGGAUUCGGCGUGCUAUCAGCUGGUGGUGGAUGGUGGAUGUCCUCUAAGGAAAAAAGCAGGGCACGAUCUUGGCCGGAUGGUGAGGGUGGACAGCUG